GAGCGGCGGAGCCCAUCGUCGCCAUGUUUAUCGGCACCUGUUUCGAUGUCAUCAAGACGGCUCCCGCCGACGUCGUGCUCGAGGAGAUGCAGACACCUUUGCUCUCCAUGGCGAUCCUGGCGCUGUCCGUCUUUUUCCUCGCCUUCCUGUGGCAGACGCUCCUGAUGCUCGCCGCAAGCCAGCAGGCUCUGCGCUGGCAGGUCCGGUACCUCAAAUCGUUGCUCUCUUUAGACAUCACCUGGUUCGACGAGAGUGAUGCGGCGGGCUUGUCUUCAAAGCCCCUGGGCGCAGAUCUGGCGCUCACCCGGCUUUGGGACUGUGUUUCAGUACAUUCAGUACCUAUCGUCUUGACGACAGAGACGAAUAUCACCGCAGUGGUCUGGGCGGCUUACCUGGGGGUGUUUCUUUUGUGCAUUUUGGCUUCCUGGCUUCACCGGCUUGGUUUCUUGGCUGGUUCGUGGCUUCUUGACAUCUUGGCUUCCUGGCUUCUCGGCUUUCUGGCUUUCCGGCUUCUUGGCUUCUCCCACUUCGUGGCUUCGGUUAGGUCCAGAGUCUAG